AUGUUGACUAUGUUCAAUUAUAAUCCUCAUUACAACGCCAAUGCCAACCUUGGUAGUCUGUCACAAGAUCCAAAGCAGACACAACAAAGCUUAUUACAACAACAACAACAAGGUCAACAACAACAACAGCAACCGGCAUUUGGUCAACUCCCUUCACAAUACGUCAUGAAUGCCCCACCUUACCCAAGGCAACCACAACCGCCAUUACAACCUCAAAUGAGACAUGACCAAGAUCAAUUCAUGCAACAACAACAACAGCCACAACAACAGCAAGGACAACCACUCCCAUCAAUCUUCUUAAACAUGCCUCAAAAGGAUGUUAAUAAACCUCAAUUAUUACCUUAUACCCCAAGUACUGCUCCACAACCAUUAGCAAAACAAAUGGCACCUUCCCAAUAUUCAUUUGAAUACCCACCAAAUCAAUACAAUGCAUAUCAGCAAGCUCCAUUACCACAACCCCCAGCUAUGGCACAACAACAACAACAACAACUACCUCCACAACAGUAUCCCCCUCCGCAAAACCCAUACCAAGCCUAUUAUCAAUAUAAUGGGAACUAUCCACCAUUACCAUCCACCGCCAAUCAACAACAACAACCACGGUAUCCUAUGAGUCCCUUAGGUGUACAUUCCGAACAUUCAAUUUCUUCAUCAUCACCAUCCAUUCAUCCAGCUUCAAAUACCCCUGCUCCAAAUAUUGAUUAUUCUUCAAUUGUAUCCCUAACCAAUUCAAGAUCAAUAAGGCGGAAGAGAAGAAAGAAGCUGGCAACUGAUCUGUCCAAUAUCGACCCCACUGAAUCAUAUCCCUGUGAAGUUUGUCAUAAAGUAUUCCAAAAACCAUAUAACUUGAAAUCUCAUAUGAAGACUCAUUCAACUGAUAAACCAUAUCAAUGCAGUCAUUGCCCCAAGAGUUUUGCUAGAUCUCAUGACAAAAAGAGACAUGAGAUGUUGCAUAAUGGAGUUAAGAAUUUUAAAUGUGAAGGAUUCUUACAGGAUGGUGUGACGAAAUGGGGAUGUGGGAAGAAGUUUGCUAGGAGUGAUGCGUUGAGUAGACAUUUUAGGACUGAGACUGGGUGGCUUUGUAUUAGACCUUUGAUGGAGGAGGCCAAGAGAUUGGAAGAGGCUGGUGUUCCUUCUUCGAUUAGUGUACCUGCUGCUGUUGGAUUGAUGAAUGAUCCUAGUGUUGGUAGUGGUAAUGGAAGUGGUAGUAAUGUGAAGGAAAGAGAGGAUGCGGGUGAUGAGAGUUAUGAUAAUUCUUCAUUAAUUAGGAAAUUGAUUCAAGGGAAGUAA